AUGAACCCCGCGGCCCCGCCGCCGGGCCAGCAGGUCAUCCACGUCACGCAGGACCUGGACACGGAGCUGGAGGCGCUUUUCAACGCGGUGAUGAACCCCAGGCCCAGCUCCUGGCGGAAGAAGAUCCUGCCCGAGUCCUUCUUCAGGGAGCCCGACUCGGGCUCGCACUCGCGGCAGUCGAGCACGGACUCGGGCGGGCCCGCGCCGCGCCUGCCGCCCGUGCACGUCCGCUCGCACUCGUCGCCCGCCUCGCUGCCGGGCGCGGGCGCGGCGCCGCAGCACGGGCACCUCCGGCAGCGCUCCUGCGAUGUCACGGACGAGCGGCCGCUGCCGCCGGGCUGGGAGAUGGCGCUCACGCAGACCGGGCAGCGCUACUUCCUCAAUCAUAUAGAAAAAAUUACAACAUGGCAAGAUCCUCGAAAGCCGAUGAACCAGCCGCUGAAUCACGUUGGCCACCAUCCUGCAGCCACGUCCACGCCGGCACCGCAGAGGAGCAUGGCAAUGUCUCAGCCAAAUCUCAUGCUGAGCUCGCCGCCGCCGCUGCCCCCCGGCGCAGCCCUGCCGCCCCCCGGCCGCCCCCCGGCCCUGCUCACCCUGCCCGGCACGCUGGCCUCGCAGCAGCAGCAGAAACUGCGGCUCCAGAGAAUCCAGAUGGAGAGGGAGCGGAUCCGGAUGCGCCAGGAGGAGUUACUGCGACAGGAGGCUGCUCUUUGCAGACAACUUCCUAUGGACCCAGAAAACAUGGUCCCAGUUCAGACAGCUGUGAACACCCCUGCCAUGACACAGGACAUGAGGGCUGUCACAAAUAAUGGGUCAGAUCCUUUCUUGAACAGUGGGCCAUACCACUCCAGGGAACAGAGUACAGACAGUGGCUUGGGAUUAGGAUGCUACAGUAUACCAACAACACCUGAAGAUUUCCUCAGCAACGUAGAUGAGAUGGAUACAGGAGAAACUCUAGCACAGACAGCAAUGAACAUAAAUCCACAGCAAACACGUUUCCCCGAUUUCCUCGACUGCCUUCCAGGGACAAACGUGGAUCUUGGGACUCUAGAGUCAGAAGACUUGAUCCCGAUUCUCAACGACGUGGAGUCAGUGCUGAACAAGAACGAGCCCUUCCUCACCUGGCUGUAAUCAGGCAAUGCUUGUUGGGCCUGCAGUGCAAUUCAGAUUUCUUUUUCCUCUUGGGGUAGAAUAUCUGAAUGUCCUCAAGAGAUACAACAUACUGCCGUAUUGACUUUUGCUACAUCGUCUUUAUGGUCAGUUUAAUAUCUGCCUGAAUUUGAUUGAUACUAAUUUAAGUAUGAAAUACAUUUAUAUAUAUAUAAAAAAUACAUACAUGGAUAUAUAUUUCUUUAAAAAAGCCCCAUACCACUUUACACAUCUGUGUACUUUUUUACGUUUUCAAACCAGGUGGAAACGCUUCACUUUUAGGACAGAAAGUGGCUGAUGUUUGUACACAUCCCUGACUGCUCUCCUGGGUACUGACUGACAUCACAGAGCCUUUGUGAGUCAGAAAAGCUAACUCCUAGCUUGCCUGGUUCAAAAAAAGUGCAACGGAUCAGGGCAUGAGAGCAGUUUUAUUAUUAUGUUUAUGACAAUACUAUCAGAAGCUUUUUUAAAACCAAAUUACUUAAGCCUUAAAAAGCUUUUUUAGUUCUUAGUGACUAACUGUACUGUAUAGAAUACAGUUCAAAUAUGAUCCAAUCAACCAUAAUAAUUCCCAUUAUAUAUUUGUGAAGGCACAAACACUACUAUAGCAGUUUCUUUUUUUCAGUAAAUUACUGUAUAGUUUUCAGAAAAUAAUUACUUCUAGUCUCAAUGUACCAGAAUUAUUUAGCAACAUUUUUACACUACAAUAUUGUUACAAAAUAAACCAGGCUGGUACUGACUGUUGCCUUUUAAAAACAAAGAAAUGUAUUAUAAACAAGCAUUUUUAAAAAAAUUAUUAGUUUUUUUAGUUUAUUAUAUUAAGCACUACAGUUUUGUAACUUAACACAUGAACAAGCAAUUUUUUAUAUAUAUAAAAUCUGUGGCAAGUAUCUUAAGUGCAAAACUAUUCUUUUAAAAUCAGUUCUGGAAAAUGUGGCACAACUUGUUAAUGUCAUACAUAGGGGGAGAAAAACCUUCCUCAUACUGUUUUCAGUGAUGUUUAUAACUGACAAUGUAAAAAUACAUGUAGUUCUAUACAUGAAAAAGAACCAGGAACUUUAUCAGGGCACUGCUAAAGCAGCAUUGGGACUCACCUGGUCAAGCUGCUUAGCUUUUUAUGUCUUUCAUUUACCAUAACUGGUGCGCAGGACAGAAGGCGUGUGCUGUGUGGUUUUGCCUGCUAUAUAUCCUACAAAACUUCUUCUUUAGCAGAGGUUUGGGACUGAGAAGACAUCAAGAGCAUUAAGUAUGCAGUUCUCCUGAAAUGCAAAUGAAGUCCUGAAUAUUCUUAAAUGUUUUGAAAUGAUCUUAUUUAUAAUUAAUGGAUAGAAGCAUUUUGUAUUGAAGAAUAGGUAAUUUUAUGAAAGGCAUUAUAACUUUUCUCUAAGCUUAAUCCAGGCUAUGUAAAGAGAAGAAGAGAUGUAGCACUAAGCGUAAAUGUGUGUUUGCCAGGUCUGAUAACACUUAGCAAGAUAUUACUGAUGCAUCAGAAUAUUGACCCUUAAAGACCUUUUUUCCAUCUGGUUGGGUGAAGGUAGGUGAAAAGGUCAGCGAUGAAGUGGUGGGAAUACAGAGUAGAUUUGGAAGAUGAAUGAUGAGUUAAUAAAUGUAGAUCCCUGCUGGGAAGGAUGGCUGCAGACAGGGGUGCAUAGCAAAUAAAUCUCCGGUGUUCAGUGAAAAACAUAAGAGAAGCACUCAAUAAAGUAAAUGACCAUGUCUCUGAUGAACUUCUAAGUGUACAUGGUGUCACAGGAAGGAAAAUAAAAAACACACACGCUAAAAUUUUGAAAAAAAAGAUAUUAGGCAAAGACCUACAGUUGUGAAGUUUUAUGACAUAGUAAAAGGUAGCUUUUUAAAAAUGUUCUCAUUUUGGUUUUUUUUAACAGAAAAAGAAGUGUAACAGCAGAGUUGUGUCUGCACAGAAAUUAAUUGCUGAAUGGGCAUUGUGUUUCUUUUAUUCUUUUGGGGGUUAUUAGUUGGGUUUUUCUUUUUUUAUUCUUGAUAGUUUUGCUAACUGUUGAGAUACCAUAAACUUCUUUUCAAUAAACAGGGACCGGGCAGGGCUGACCAAUAUUACUGUAAUUAGUUUUAAUCUCUCUCUUUUAAGGAUUUCUUCAGGUUGUCAGCCCAAAUGAAAAGCAGGUGGUCCUAAGGCUUUGUUAUUUAGUGCCAUGACUGAUGUUUGUGAAGAAUUGGAUAUUUUCUGGCCAGCUUUGAAAGCCAUGUCACCAGCACUGCUCUUUUGGCAUAAGG